AUGACCACCGAUGACCUGCUCUCGAAGCUGCGCACGGCCAUAAAAGGACCACAUGCGUCAAUCCACAGACUGAACCUCGCGCGCAUCGCGCUCUGCCUGCCGCCGCGCGUAGAUGGAGUUGGUCUCUAUGCGCUGGGGCUGUCGCGGUAUGCGGAGUUGUUUUAUGAGGUUGAGGCGGCGUGGGCUUCAUUAAUCGGGGACCCCGGGGAUAUUACGUAUCAACAAGCCGAGAUCAUCGGCCAAGAGCAGGGGGGAUUGGAUCCCAAAACCCGCGUCCAGACUUUGCUGCGCCGAUUAUAUAUGCCGGAGCUACAGCGCACGCGGGCGCUGAAGACUGAUCUGCAGUUUUUGCGAGCCCUGGAUGUGACUAGAAAUCCGGACAUUUGGGAGUCUAUCAAUGACUGGAAUGCGGGACGUCAAGUCAGGCAGGAGAUCCAUCGGCGCAUUCUAGAUAAACCACAUAUCCUUGUCGCGUAUAUCUGGAUCAUGUACUCGUCCAUGCUCUACGGUGGACGGGUAAUCCGCGCGCAACUCCUCAAGGCUGGUCCGGAUUUCUGGGGGUUGUCGGCGGCGGAAUUAAGUCCUCAUCGGAGGACGCCGUGUCCCUUAUCAUUUUGGCAGAUUGAUGACGACGUGGGCGUCAAAGUCAAGUUCCGUGUCCGCGUUGCUGAGGUGGAACAGUUCUUGAGCUCUCGAGAACAGCAGGAUAUCUUCGAGGAGGCGAGGGCGAUAUUCGGCAUGUUUGAGAUGCUCACGAGGAGCUUGGAUGAGGAGGCAAAACGUAUCAAUGCUGCCUAA